AUUUACAAGAUAAAGGUAAAAUAUGCAUUCCCCGUAAUGUUAUCCAGUCUUAUACGGGAUUGUGGCUGUACGGCAUCUUCUCCUUUAUCAACAAUGGCGGUCAUUGGCCUCACAAUUCUCACAAACAAUCCUCACUUUGGAAUGACUCGGGCUAGCAACAACUACAAAUACAAAAUGCGGGUACCUUACGAACUGAAGAAAGGACAGUCUCGGCAAUUUCACAAGCUCCCUUCCGGUUCCAACAUCGAGAUCAUCUUCCAAAAAGGCCUUCCAAAAAUCGAUCAGAAGCCGCCGCCGCUAGUAUUCGUGCACGGAAGUUUUCACGCGGCGUGGUGCUGGGCUGAACACUGGCUGCCCUUCUUUUCUCGACAUGGAUUUGAUUGCUAUGCUCUUAGCUUGCUCGCUCAGGGAGAAAGUGAUGCACCUGAUGGUGCAGUAGCAGGUUCACUCCAGAGCCAUGCAGCCGAUGUGGCUCACUUCAUUCACAACGAAAUUAGGUUACCACCAGUCUUGUUAGGUCAUUCUUUUGGAGGACUUAUCGUUCAACAGUAUAUCGCAAAUGAGAAAUCUCAAGUUUCAGAGAUGGAAAACAGACACCCAUAUCUAGCUGGGGCUGUCCUAAUUUGCUCGGUACCACCUUCAGGAAAUAGUGGCAUAGUUUGGCGGUAUCUAUUCUCCAAACCUAUUGCUGCAUUUAAGAUAACACGCAGUUUGGCAGCAAAGGCUUUUCAAACUUCUCUGCCACUUUGUAAGGAAACUUUCUUCUCUGCUGCUAUGGAGGAUCAUCUGGUCCUUCGAUAUCAGAAGCUGAUGACAGAAAGUUCAAGUAAGCCACUUUUUGAUCUGCGGAAGCUCAACGCAUCACUUCCUGUUCCUCCUGUGAAAGAUCAUUCCAUGAAGAUCCUUGUCUUGGGAGCAAAUGAUGAUUUCAUAGUGGAUGCAGAGGGACUUAGAGAAACAGGUAGGUUUUAUGGAGUGUCACCUGUUUGUGUGGAAGGGGUUGCACAUGACAUGAUGUUGGAUUACUCAUGGGAGAAAGGUGCGCAUGUAAUUCAAUCAUGGCUGAAUGCUUUGGACACAUAAGCAGCCUGAAUCAAUUAUGUUUCUAGAAUACUUCCUAUAUCAAAGAAGAAACUUGAUUUUCUGAAGAUGAAUACGUUUGUCACAUGGUAUUGCUGAAUAACACAUCUCUACCUGAGUAUAUUACACUAAGCUGGUGUUGGUUGGGGUUUCCUUAAAAUAUAGUAUCAAUGGAGUAUAAUGGAGUAUUUUUUUUGUAUGGAGAUUUCCAAAUGUUUGGACUAUUGACAGUGAGCACUUAGCAACUAAAUUUACCAGCUUGUAUUGUUGCCUACUGAGAGGUUAUAUAACAUACUAAUAGGAACUAUCAUUCUCAAA